AUGGGUGAUGUUUUUGUUGAGGUGUUGGGGUUCUACUCUGAGGGCGUUGAAGGCACCAGUGUCGAUAAGGAUUUGGCCUAUGUCAAAAUUCGCAACAUUGGCUCAGAUGAUCAUAGGAUCGGAAUAGGGAAAGAUAAUGCCAUUCUCCUCUUCUUCAAAAGAGGUGAUGGGUUCCCAGCCGAUUCGUUGAAUUUUUUCAUUGCGUCCUCUAGCUAUGCUGAGAAUUUAAGGAUGCCAAACGGCAAGCAUGUAUUUUUUAAUAGUGCGGUUGUUGGUGUUGGCUAUGGGCGCUCCUCCACUGAUCAUGUUGAUAUGCUGAUUUGCUGGUUGCUCCAGGGUCGAUUUUGUACUGAGUUUUGGAAUCAUCUGAUUCUAGGCCAUGAGGACGUAUUCGUAAGUCGAGUUGAGCAAGGGGACUUGGUUUGUAGUUUGGUGAGGCGAAAAGCGAUCAUAGGUUGGCGCCGGGGCUUGACCCAUGGGCGUCGUCGGGCAGGGGGAUGCCGAAAGUGCUCCUUUGGAAUUAAAAUGCUUUGCUUUGGCAUGGAUGGCUACUUGCUUCAUCCGUUCACCGUAGGUUGUCUAGUUGUUGUUGUGGACUUGAUAACGAAAUUGAGACGAUCGGAGGCCACUUUUGAUAGGGCCGAAGGCCGCCCAAUUGUCGAUUUUUGGGCAUCUAGAGUAUUCAUGGUUGAACCUAGCCACAUAUUCCCUCAAGGGCUCAUUGUCUUGUUGUCGGAUGACAUAAAGGUCAUCGGCAGAAUAAAGUUGGACCUUUCCUUAAGUUGGUGUUCGAGAUUGGUUAUGUUCUUCCUCAAUCCGAUUGACUUUCUAGAGGAGGAGACGGAUGGUGGGAUUGGCAGGGGGCAGGUUGUUGCACAAGGGUUCCGAUGUUUAGAGGCCGAUCUGUUGGCGAGCACUGUGUCCUUGCGUUUCGAGACAUGCCAUUCGACCGGAGGUGCCGAUCGUCGAGUUUUGUUCCUUGAGCCGAUCGUUAAGUCUAUCUCGACAGUCGGAGUAAACUUGGGCUUCCAUUCUAACCUCCAGAGUGUUUCGCUAACGAGUGUUUUCGUCCAAGGUGUGCCGGAAAAGGGAGCGAGGCUUGCUCCGCUUGCGAGGCCGAUGAUGGUACCGUUGGUCGCGAAGGAUGAAGGUAGAUUCAUCUUUGGCUCGAGAUAG